AAGAUUAAGGGAAAAAUGCUUGUAAUUAAGCCAGUCUCCCAGACCAUUUAUUUGUGGUACAAAAAUAGCUCAGUGACAGUUGUUUCCACACAGUCACAUGGGGUUUAUUUUGAAAGGUGGACUUCUCCGAAGGCAAGGGACAUUUGCUACACAGAGCCCGUGUCUCUAGCCUAUCUCUCUCCUAAUUAUCAAAAUUAGACAUGAGCAAUUCUUUAAUGCACCUGCUUUUAUUACCAACACGACUAAGCUUAUGGAUUCUCUCUUUAGUGUAUUACAUUCUGGUGUACGGCACAGCUGGAAUCACCGCUUGUUUGGUUCUGAUCCGAAUUGCCUGGACUGGAUUUAAGGAUCCAUAUGGGACCUUUCAAUGGACCGCUCGAGAGAGACCCCCAGACUGCCUCAAAGACCCUUCACUUGGGCACCACGGGUAUCUGAAGGGCAGGAGCUCGGGCUUGAGGUUUCAUUAUGUAACCAAAGGAGACCACAGAAAGCCUCUAAUGCUGUUUCUUCAUGGUUUCCCAGAAAACUGGUACUCCUGGCGUUACCAAUUACAGGAAUUCAGUAGUAAUUACCACACGGUGGCGCUAGAUCUGCGUGGCUGUGGAGAUUCUGACGCACCUGUCCCGCUGGAGGAAUAUUCACUGGACACACUCUUAUAUGACAUCAGAGACACCAUCGAUGAACUGGGUCACACAAGUUGUAUAUUGGUGGGACAUGACUGGGGUGGGAUGCUGGCAUGGCAUUUUGCACUGGAAAGGCCAGACAUGGUGCAACGUCUCAUUGUCAUGAACGCCCCUCAUCCUGCCUCAUGGUUGGACGCCGUUCUGAGAAGACCCUCUCAGCUGUUGCGCUCAGGACAUGCAUGUUUCUUCCAGUUACCAAUGCUGCCCGAAAUUGUUUUGUCUCUUGAGGAUUUUAAGUUGGUUCGAAGUCUAUUUUGUGGCAAGAAUUUGGGCAUCAGGAACAAAGCCAGACGACUGACUGAGACCCAACUGGAGGGGUACCUAUACUGGCUGUCCCAGCCCGGAGGACUCACAGGCCCUCUGAACUACUUUCGUUCUCUUCUCAGGUUUAAAAUUAGUUACACUUUCAUUCCUAUGUCAUUGGUGGUACAUUGUGAUAUUAUUCACUUCUCUUUCUACAGUAACACUCUGUACAAGCAUCAGGAUAUCGGUGUGCCCUGCAUGUUAAUUUGGGGUGAGGCAGACAAUAUACUGGUUGAGGGCAUGUCCGGUGGAACGCGGCCUUAUUUAAGGGGUCCAGUUGUCAUUCACACUAUUCCCGAAUGCAGCCACUGGGUACAACAAGAUCAACCUGAGAGAGUCAACAAGUAUAUAUGGGACUUUGUUCUGGAUAAAGACAUCAUAAAACACAAUCACUGAUUGCCUUUGACGCAAAGAAGAAAUUAUUUUGAGUUAUUAACUCUAGCAAGUUUUCUGGUUUUCACUUACUGUACAAAAUAACUACUUGCAUUUUGUCUGGUUUGUCUUAAAUGAAUAAUAAAAAAAUUAUAAUAGUAAAUAAAUAAA